GUGGAGAAAAGCGGCCGCUAACGUAUCGGUUCAUUGUCUGACUGCGACUGGACGCGGACAGCAGGCAUGGAAGAACCGCGGGAUAUUCAAAACUUCCGAAGAAAUGAAAGAAUCAGAGCAACUGUAUCGUCCUGUUCUUCACUUAAUAUGGAAAUAAAAAGAAAGAAAAUCAGACAGAGCUCUUUGUUUUUACACAAUGAGGAAAGCAAGAUUCAAGAGAAAAUAGACUUUGAAAUACGAAUGCGUGAUGGAGCGUACAAGCUGUUGGGGGCCAGCACCAAGAGAGAGCAAAUCUUAAAUGUUUCAAAGAACCUCCUUACAUGUAAUACUCGCAUAAAGGCCUACUUGACUGAGCUACAGAACAAGAAAGAAGAACCAUACUUGGAAGCUAAGUCCACAAGAAGAUUAUCAGAUCAAGCUUGCAACAACCGUCUGUCUUGCAAAGGAAAAGUUGCAAUAUCAGGGCUAAGAAUACCGCUACUGUGGAAAGAUUCAGAUCACUUCAGUAACAAAGGAAGUUCUCGGAAAGUUGCUGUGUUUUGCCUAAUGAAAGUUGAAGCAGAGGUUUUUGACACAGAGAUGGUGAUUGUAGACAGAUCCAUGACAGAUAUUUGUUUUGAAGGCUUAACACUUUUUAAUGAGGCCAGGCCUAAUUUUGAGUUGUCUCUGGAGAUUUACAGCUGUAAUAUGGAAGAAGAAAGAUCCUUGAUGAACACGCCUAAAAAAUUAGCCAGAAAAUUUCGCACAUCUUUUGGCAAAUCAUCUGGGAGAAAAGUGUGCCAUCUGGUGGAAGGCGCUGAUCCCGAAACAUUCCUGCAGUACAACCCAAUACCCCCGGAUGCCAGUUACAGCCUGCUGGCAUACACGACGUUGCACUUAGAACAGGCUGAAGGCAGUUUUCAGUCGCACUCGCUGGUAGUCAUGCAGAACGAGGAAUCCUCCUCCUGGUUGCCUUUGUAUGGAAAUUUGUGCUGCCGCUUAGUCGCACAGCCGGACUGCAUGACCCAACCAAUGAUGAGCGGCUUCUUGAGUCAGCAGCAAAACAUCGAUGGAGCCCUCAGAUGCUGCGACUUCUUCUGCGUGCUUAAAGCUGGUAAUCUAUCUUGCUACUACACCCCAGAGGAAAUUGAGGCCAAAGUGGAACCUUCCCUUGUCAUUCCUGUCAACAAGGAGACCAGGAUACGCGUGGUGCAUAAGGAUCUCCAGAAAAGACCCAGCCACUUGGUAAUUAUCAACCCAGUUGUUGAAGAAGCUGAGAGGUACAUAUUUACAGCAGAGAACAAAGAGGACUUGGAAAAAUGGAUGGAGGCUUUUCGCCAGCACUUCUGUGACCAAGACCAGUGGCAGCACUGUUGUAACGAACUCUUGGAAAUUGAUGUCGCAUCUCCGAGGAAGCCUCCACUCUUCCUGACAAAACCUGCUGAAUCAGUCUACAAUGACCUCAGUAUCAGUUCCCCCAGUAAGUUUGAGAGCUUGACUGAUAUUAUCCACAAUAAAAUCGAGGAAACAGGAGGCCGCUUCCUCAUUGAUCAGGAGAAGGAGGCCGAGCCACCUCACUGGGCUGCCCUAUUUGAGGGUUCCUGCCCCAUGGUGGUGCAGAAGACUGUGCUGUCUCCAAGUAAAGAGAGCCAACCCAGUCCCAAAAUCAAGAAGCGCCGCGCCCCACCCCCGCCGCCUGGCAAGGAGCCAUUUGCGCUGGGCCGCUGCAGCAGCCAUCAGUUAGAGAAGGAGAACUCCAGAAAGAAGCCCUGGACAGGAACUGGCAGGCCGUCCCUGGAUAACAAAUUCUCUGCCAUCAUCCAGCAGCUGCAGAGGAACCAAGAACCAGCUCGCAAAACGGCCCCCCUUGGGCUUAUAGGUAUAGUGGAGCAGGAUUGUGGGAACCAGAUACCUGACCACCUCUCGAGACCUGUGCCGGCUCCACGCCAGAGACUCAGAUCCUUCAGGGAGAAGAUGAACCCCAAAGAUUGGUGACAAGAACCCUGGCCAUACCUUGGUGAUAGAUCCAGGUAGUUUCAUAUCUGUCCUGCUUUAGCCCUUCUAUUUUAAUGUGUUUUUUGUUGAUCAUGUAAAUGGUGUACAUGAUGAAAGAUCUUCAGAAUUACUCUGUUAGACCAUACGAUACUACACCGCAGUAUAUUACUAGGGAAUUUAUUUCCUUUAUUGAUAGUUUUGUUGUUUUAUGGUAAAUGUUUACUGUUUGUAGCAUAAACUGAAAUCAUACACAGAUUAAGUAGCAUAUCAUUGCUUUAAGUGUAGACUGUUAACCAAAAGUUUAGUAUUAAAGGGUUUUGUCACAGAACUGAAACUGCUAAUCUCUUUCCAGUUAUGUAACAUUUCCUUUGAAAUUCAGAAGCUCUUUUACACAAAGUAUAUCUUUCCUAAGAAUUAUUUUUCUCUGGCACUGUGAGUCCGUGGUUUUUCUGUGGUGAUGCUGAAUACUUUACAUAUGUACUCAUUACAAAUGAGCUUGUUUACUGGAAAUUAUUGCUUGUUGAAGUCUAGUCAUGGUUUAUUAUAGGCACAGAAAGAACAGAAUGUGACAUAGUGGAUGUUAAAAAGCAUUCUGUACAAUUAACCGUUUCUUCAUGUGAACAGAUAGCAAUAUACCCCUUUUAAAAGCCAGUCAUUUUUAAAUGAACAGCUCCAAUAUGAACAUUCCUUCAGUGUGUAUUGCAAAUUUUUAUUUGGAGUAAAAGUGCUUUUGAAUGCAUUUUAAUGUUUCUUGGCCAUAAAUAUCAAUAAAAAUCAUUGGAGCCCUAUUUCAGGGGCAUGAGCAGCCCUCAUUUAAA